AGUUGAGCAUCAUCGUCUACGUGUUAUUCAUGACUAUACCGUGCUUGUGGGAUGAUAAAAGAAUUGCAGCUGUGCUUGAUUUGUUCUGAAAAAUGUCAUAAACACCUUUCGAUGGAUUCUCGAAGGUAGUCAUUCAUCUAACCCGCUCUCUCACUAAUUUUUUAUUGCUCGCUGUCUGAUUAUCGAGGUAUCACAUAUUAAUUGACGGUGUCUUUUUUGCGAAUUACGUAGUAAAUCGUUCGUUAGGUCAUACAAGUUAAUGUCCUUUAGCCAACGUUGAGAAAUACAUUUAUGGUUGCCAAUGAAAAACAAUAGACAGAAUAAAUAAACAUUGUCACUCAAACAUGUAAUUAUAAAUUUUACUUAUGUUUGAGGGUGACAAACAAAAUUGUGAGACUCAAGCAAGAAGUGUUGCUACUUAUUAUCUCUAUUGUAGAUUUGUCAUUUAUAAUCAUCAACACUGUCAUGGCAACAUCUGAAAGUGAUGAUUUUGAAAGUGCUGAUGAGGAAUUGAAUGCUCGGACUAAACGUAUCAAUAGAAGUAAAAAGUACAAUUCUAUUGGCUCAGACAGUGAUGAUGAUAUAGAUUACAUACCAGUACAAUAUCACACUCCAAUGAAAAAAUCUAGUAAAGGGGAAUCAAAGAAUUCUAAUCAGUCUAACAAAUCAGCUUUGGAACAGCACAAAACAUCUGAUAAAAGUUCAACAGAAGUUAAAAAAGCUACUGAUAAUAAUGAGACUGCUGAAAAAGAUUCAAAUAGUGUUCAACCUAAAAAAGAGAAUAGUGUAAACGCUGACAGUGAAAUUUCAUUGGAAGGUCAGGAUAAUUCCAAAAAAUCAAGUGAAAUAUUACAAAGUGGAAUGUCUUCAAUAAAACAAGUGUCUAAUAAUGAAAAAUCAAAGAGUGCUAUUAAUCGGCGUUCAAGGCCAGACAGACAAAAAAAACCAAAAGAAUCACUAGGUACUAAAAAGUUAGGAGCAACAAAAAUUGACAAGCUCCCAGAUGUGAAAGAAACAACAUUCAAUGAGGUUAAGAAUAAAGGAGGUUCAGAAGGCAAACCAGCUCAGCUAACACAAGAAUGUUGUGAAGAGCCAGGUGAACAGAAUCUACAAGAGGAAUUGAAAAAGGCUACUGAAAAAAAUGAAUCUCAAAAAAAAUAUUCAAAAACAAACAACAAAGAUCUUGAAACGAUGCCAGAAGAGUUAUUAUCUAACUUAAAAUUUAAAGACAUUUUCAAACCACAUGGAUGGGAAAGUAUGGGUGAUGCUGUGAAACUUCCAGAUGAUCUAUCUGAUGACAAAUAUCAUCCAGUGUUAGAUAAGUUAUCUUCAGCUAAUAACGAGCAAACAGACAUAAACGAUAGCUGGAGCUCAUGGGGCAGUUGGGGCAUGAGUUCACUACUUAAUACAGCGAGUGCAGGAGUUUCAACAUUGACUAGUCAUGUUUCGCAAGGUUUAUCAAUAUUGGAAGAAACCAUGGGUAUUCCAGAACCUGAAGUGUUUAUUAAAGAAGAAACUCCAACAGAAGAAAAAUCUAAAUCAGAAGAAAAGGAUUCCAGCAAUUUAACAGAAGAAAUUAAUGAAGAAAAAAAGAACGCACAAGAAAGUCCCAUUCAAUAUCUGCCAUCUUUUGGAUUUGGAAAUUUUAUGUCAAGUGUAUCAUCAAUAACUAAAUUAGUUGAAACUACAAGCUCAAAGGUCAUUGCUGGAGGAUUAGAUACUUUGGAAGUUAUAGGUAAAAAGACUAUGGAAGUAUUGCAAGAGGGUGAUCCAGGUUUGAAAAAGAAACGGGCGUUUUUCUUGAAUGAAGGUGACAAGCCCAUACUGUCACAAAUUCUACGAGAAGCAAAAGAAAAAGCUGAGGUAGAAGAAAAAUCUAUAGAAGAAAAACAGUUGGCAAGAAAGGUUCAUUUUGAGAGCCUUUUUGACGAUUAUCAAGGUUUGGUCCAUUUAGAAGCACUAGAAAUGCUCUCUAAACAAUGUAACAUAAAGAUUCAACAACGAUUAGUUAAUCUGGAUGGAGUGGAGUUGCAAGAAUUGCAAGAAACUUUAGAUGAAGUUAAAGAAUUGUGUGACUUAGGAGAUGAGGAGGAGGAAGAUGACGACAACCAGAAAGAAAAAGACUUUGAACAAAAGUUAGAUAAAGCUUGUAAAGAUUUAGGUGUCUCUAUUAAGUAUAAUAAACUUAUUGAUAUUUGGAAUGACAUGAUCUCGCGAAUUCCACCGCCAGAUUCAAAGGACUCUCACAAAGAACUUUUCCAGAAGGCCAUAGCAGCUUUAGCACAGUUUACAGCCUAUUGCGUUGAAAGAUUCCACAAAACUGCAGAAUUGCUAUUAAUAAAACCACAUCGAAGUACUGUUAACGAGGCUGAUUCUUUGGUUCAACUCACAAAGACUUUAUCUUCUCAAAUUGGGUCCAUUGCAAGUCUUUAUUGCGAUCGAUUGAACGAAUUUAAAGAUGAUAAUGAAAAGGCUGAAAUUAAAUCGAACAUUACAACAAUUACUUUAGAGGCAACGAACGCUAGUUCAUACGUCCAGGAAGCAUUUAGACUAUUAAUUCCAAUUUUGCAAGUUGGCGCAGUAUAAGGAGUGUUUUAAUGUAAUACCAUUAUCGAAGCCUUAACAUUUUUAUUACAAGUUUAUAACGAGAGUAUCUAUAAAAGUUUGAAUAUAUCUUAUUGAAUUGAAAAUAGAUUUAUAUACACUGCACGUAAUGAUAUUAUAAAUCGAUUCCGGUAAAAUAUUAUUAAUUUAUAUUUCAAAUCCAAGCAAUUUUUCAAUAACACAUUACAAAUUUAUAUAUCCUUCCAAAAAAUGAAUCAGCAUGUUAAAUUUAAAUAUCGAAAGCGUUGAGAGUUGUUCAAAUUGAUAAUAUAUCACGUAUAGUAUUAAAACAGUAAUACAAAAUUAGCUGUUACUAGUGAAAUCAAUUUGAAUGUGUAGAUAAAUUAAACUAUUGUUAAUUAAAAAAACUAAACAUAAAAACUAAAUUAAUUGGACUUUCAAAUUAUUAAAUUUGACUUUAUCUAGUUAUAAUUUACUUAAAAAACUAUAAUAAAAUGUAAAAUAUAAACAA